GGUUGCUCCGGAAGUGGAGGGAGGGGGUGAAAAUGGCGCCCAGCUCGAAAUCGGAGCGGAACAGCGGGGCCGGGAGCGGCGGCGGCGGCCCCGGGGGCGCCGGGGGGAAGCGAGCCGCGGGGCGGCGGCGGGAGCACGUCCUCAAGCAGCUGGAGCGGGUCAAGAUCAGCGGGCAGCUCUCCCCGCGCCUGUUCCGGAAGCUGCCUCCCAGAGUCUGCGUGUCCCUCAAGAGCAUCGUGGACGAGGACUUCCUGUACGCGGGGCACAUCUUCCUGGGCUUCUCCAAGUGUGGUCGCUAUGUUCUGUCCUACACCAGCAGCAGCGGUGACGACGACUUCUCCUUCUACAUUUACCACCUGUACUGGUGGGAAUUCAACGUGCACAGCAAGCUCCGGCUGGUGCGUCAGGUGCGCCUCUUCCAGGACGAGGAAAUCUACAGCGACCUCUUCCUCACUGUGUGUGAGUGGCCCAGCGACUCCUCCAAAGUCAUCGUCUUUGGCUUCAACACACGCUCCUCCAACGGCUUGCUCAUGAACAUGAUGAUGACUGACGAGAACCACCGGGACAUCUACAUCAGCACGGUGGCCGUGCCGGCCCCCGGCCGCUGCCCCGCCUGCCAGGAGGCCAGCCGUUCGCACCCAGGUGACCCCAGCGCCCAGUGCCUUCGCCACGGCUUCAUGCUGCACACCAAGUACCAGGUGGUCUACCCCUUCCCCACCUUCCAGCCCGCCUUCCAGCUCAAGAAGGACCAGGUGGUCUUGCUCAACACCAGCUACUCGCUGGUGGCCUGCGCCGUGUCCGUCCAUGCGGCAGGCGACAGCAGCUUCUGCCAAAUCCUGUACAACCACACGGCCGCGCCGUCGCCGGGCCCCCCGACUCCCCCGGGACCCCCCAGCCCUGUGGCGCCGCCCGCCCUGCCCAGCCCCCGCCCAGAGGCCGGCCCCACCUCCGAACCCUCGCCCGCCAUCGCCAAAGCCAAGGAGUUCGUGGCCGACAUUUUCCGCCGGGCCAAGGAGGCCAAGGAGGGCCCUUCAGAGGAGACGCGGCCGCCCCCGUGCCCCAGGUCCUCGGAUGGCCGGCGCGGGGGCCUCUCGGAGCCACUCCCGGGUGGGGAGUCGGGGUCCCGAGAGGGCGCCCCCGCGGCCCCCGAGCCUGGCUACGUCAACUACACCAAGCUGCACUACGUGCUGGGUGGCGAGGCUGAGGACGAGCUGGAGGACGACAAGAUCUCGCUGCCCUUCGUGGUGACCGACCUGCGGGGCCGCAACCUCAGGCCCAUGCGGGAGCGGGCCGCCCUGCAGGGCCAGUACCUGACGGUGGAGCAGCUGACGCUGGACUUCGAGUAUGUCAUCAACGAGGUCAUCCGCCACGACGCCACCUGGGGCCACCAGUUCUGCUCCUUCAGCGACUACGACAUCGUCAUCCUGGAGGUCUGCCCCGAGACGGACCAGGUCCUCAUCAACAUCGGCCUGCUGCUCCUGGCCUUCCCGUCGCCCACGGAGGAGGGCCAGCUCCGACCAAAGACCUACCACACCAGCCUCAAGGUGGCCUGGGACCUCAACACCGGCGUGUUCGACACGGUCAGCGUGGGCGACCUCACGGAGGUCAAGGGCCAGACCAGCGGCAGCGUGUGGAGCUCAUACCGCAAGAGCUGCGUGGACAUGGUGAUGAAGUGGCUGGUGCCCGAGAGCAGCGGCCGCUACGUGAACAGGAUGACCAACGAGGCGCUGCACAAGGGUUGCUCCCUGAAGGUGCUGGCGGACAGCGAGCGCUACACGUGGAUCGUGCUGUGAGGGCCGGCCGCCCGGACACGGACUCCAACUACCUCCGGGGCCCUGGGCGCCCCUGCCUCCCACACCGCCUCCAGGCAGCCUGCCCGGCUUGCCCCGCGCCGCCCCCACCGGCUCCCAGCUGGGCGGGGCAGCCCUUUCGGAGCCUGAAUCUGGACGCUUGUUAUUUAUGCCUAUUUAAGUUGGGGGGGUGAGAGGGGGACGAGGAGGAGCCCCGCGCCUCCCCCCAUUGGCAACACGAGUGGACAGUGUACCCCCGAACCCCUCUGCUCCACGCCGCCCCCAGCCGUCCGUCCCCCGGUCCCUCCUUCCCGUAAUAAAUGUUUUAUUUCUCCACCUUG